AUGAUGGAUUUGCAAGAAGGACGUUUUUCCGAAAACGGAGGCUGUGGGUAUGUUCUAAAGCCAUCGGUGAUGAAUGAGGAUCUAUUUGUGGCUGGUGAUAAAUUACCGAAUACUCCUCAGAUUCUCCACCUACGAGUUCUUUCUGCUCAACAAUUGCCACGACCUAGAGGCUCAAAUGCUAAGGGAGAUUCUUGCGAUCCUUUCGUCGUUGUUGAAGUGUUUGGGAUUCCUGGAGAUUGUGCUGAGGAACGAACGAAGACCGUAAGGAAUGAUGGCCACAAUCCAUCGUUUGACGAGUCCUUCCAGUUCCAAGUCUCAAUACCAGAGCUGGCUCUGGUACGAUUUCUUGUGCUUGAUGACGAGUUUAUAGGUGAUGAUUUUAUUGGACAGUAUACGAUACCGUUCGAAUGUAUGCAGCCAGGUACGGUAUUUUGA